AUGUCUCUGAUGAAGAACGAGCGAGCUAUCAUCAUGUCCAUGUGGGACAAGAUGGCUUCGCAGGCUGAGGCCAUCGGCACUGAGACUCUGGAGAGGCUCUUCUGCAGCUACCCCCAAACGAAGACCUACUUUCCGCACUUCGACCUGCACCACGGGUCGCAGCAGCUGCGUGCCCACGGCUCCAAGAUCUUGGCUGCCAUAGGCGACGCGGUUAAGAACAUCGACAACCUCUCUGGUGCUCUGACCAAGCUGAGUGAGCUGCACGCCUACAUCCUGCGCGUGGACCCGGUCAACUUUAAGCUCCUGUCCCACUGUCUGCUGGUCACCCUGGCCGCACGCUUCCCCGCCGACUUCACCGCUGAGGUCCAUGAAGCCUGGGACAAGUUCAUGUCUAUCCUGUCUUCCGUCCUGACUGAGAAGUACCGUUAA